AUGGCCGACAAAAAACUGAUUGUAGUUCUUGGUGCCACUGGAAACCAAGGCAGUUCCGUUGUCAACACUUUUCUGAAAGAUGCAAGAUGGCGAGUUAGAGGGCUUACUCGGAAUCCAUCCAGCGCAAAAGCCAAGGCACUCUCUGCUCGCGGUGUAGAAGUCGUUCAAGCUGAUAUGGAUGACCUUUCCAGCCUCGCGGCCGCUUUUCAGAAUGCUAAUGCCAUUUUCGUCGUGAGCGACUUUUGGGGGAUAUACGGCGCCCUUGCUCAACAAAAGAAAGACGCCAGCGAGAAGCCGCUGAAUCUACUGGCGGGAGAAACCGAAUUGCAGCAGUUGAAGAACGCAAUCGACGCCGCUUCUCAAGUGCCUGAAUUGGAAAGAUUCAUUUUGUCUACUCUCUCCAAUGUGACAAAGUGGUCUAGAGAGAAGUAUACCCAUGUGUAUCAUUUUGAUCUCAAAGCGCGUGCAUCCGCCUAUGUUGAAGAGACGCAUCCAGAGUUGUGGGCGAAAACUAGCCUCUUUCAAGCUGGUCUAUUCUUGAACACAUAUAACGCGGAUGGAAUCGCCCAAUUCAUUACUACGAUGGCCGCCGACUUCAAGCUGCCGUGGAUUGCUGCAGAAGAAGACACCGGACCAUUCGUCAAAGCUUUGGUUGAAGAAGAUGCAGGCAAAAAUCUGAUUGCUUACCGAGAUUGGGCGACUCUUCGAGAAAUGGUACAAGCUUUCCAAAACGCCUCUGAGAUCAAGUCCGAAGUGGUAGUGGUACCUCGUGAGGAGCCAAAUGAAUUCUUGCCGCCCGAUUUAAAGCUCGAGAUUGACGAGGGUUUUCUUUAUUUUGAAGAGUUUGGAUAUGAAGGUAGAGAUGACCCAACCAUCCUUCACCCAAGCCAGCUGGAAAACCCCCCCAGAUUGGAUACAAUGGAGCAAUAUUACAGAAAAGUAGACUUUUCCAGAGUAUUCUCCGCAUGA